AUGGCAAGCAGUGGUAAAAGUACCGCAGUGACCAAAGACUAUGGCAAGAGGACUGUUAUUGUCACGGGCUCUGCACAAGGAAUAGGCAGAGCCCUAGCAAUCAGACUUGCAGAAGACGGUUUCGACGUUUGCAUAAACGACCUCCCGGCCAAUCAAGCCAGGAUUGAUGAGACUGUCAAAGAGAUCCAGGCGUUGGGGAGAUCCUCAUACGGAUACGCAGCAGAUGUCUCAAAGCUCGCUGAGGUAGAACGACUCAUCGAUAACUCCGUAGCCACCCUCGGUCCUCUCAAUGUCAUGAUUGCCAAUGCAGGUAUUGCACAAGUCAAAGCUUUGCUUGAUCUGUCAGAAGAGGAGGUCAGGCGGAUGUUUGAGAUUAACGUGUUCGGGGUCUUCAAUUGCUACAGCGCGGCUGCGAAACAGAUGAUCAAGCAGGGAGGCGGGGGCAAAAUCAUCGGUGCAGCGAGUAUCGCCGCCUUCAAACCAUUUCCCAUGGUCUCCCACUACUCAGCUUCGAAGUUCGCUAUACGGGGCUUUACGCAGGCUUUCGCGAUGGAGUUGGCAGAGCACAAGAUCACUGUCAAUGGCUACGCUCCUGGCAUUGUCGGCACUGCUAUGUGGGACGUGAUCGACGAGGAGCUGGGCAAGAAGACGGGUGCGAAGAAGGGCGACACCAUCAAGAAGUUUUCGGACGGUAUGAUUGCGUUGGGAAGGACAAGCGUUCCUGAGGACGUGGCAAAGACCGUUAGUUUUCUUGCAAGUCCAGACAGUGACUACAUGACCGGUCAGACACUGGUCAUUGAUGGAGGCAUUGUGUUCAAUUGA